AUGACUUCCUGGGCAGAUCAGAAUGAUUUACUUCGUUUUGGGAAGAAAAUCCUCGAUACAACAGGUACACCAACACCAACCGAGAAAUCUCUCAUUUCAUCCCUCGCUAGCGCUACGGGCGUAGGAUAUAAUGUUGCUCGCGAUGCCUACGUCAAAUCCGUCCUUGAUCCGUUAUUACAAGAUAAAGUUCACAAAUCAAUGAAAUGGAUCAUCAAUUCCAAUUUCGUACCGGAAUUUAUUGAUCCAAAAGACAAUGGCAUAGGCUUGGACGAUAAUGGUUUUGAAGAAGAAAUCAUUGACCCGGCGAUAUUGAAUACGGAUGGAGUGCCACGUCCUAAUAGAAUGUUCAACAUUGAUACUGGAAACAUGGAAGAUUGGCCCAAUGGACAGUAUGUAAUAUUGAGUCACAGUUGGAAAGGAGAAGAAAUUAAAUUUCCGUUCCUUCAAAAGAUCAAGGAGAAUGCAAAGAAGAGAGAACUCUAUGAGAUGAUACGAGAUUCUCAUGAUGAGGACGAGGAUGCAAAAAGAUUCGCCAGUUUCCAAGUCAAGAAAUUUGGUCAUUUGGAAGCUGGCAAGAGUGACGUUGAAUUACUCGCUGCUCAAUGCAAGAAAGAUGUUGAUGAGCAGAUCAAGAAAAUUGACAUUAUCUUGAUUCGUUCUGGAAAGAAAUCAGAUUACUCCAAUGCAGGAACUUUUCUCGCUGAUUUCACCGAAUUCAAAGAAGCUACUAUGGAAACAACAAGUCUUCACAACGAACUUGUCGCGAAGAAAAAAGAUGGGGAAGUGAAAAAACAGGCAGAUAAGAAUCUGGAGAAGGCAAAGCAAGACAUGGGAGUCGAUGAUUUAGAAACGCCGAUCGAGAAUGAGGUGAAUGGAAUCAGUAGUCUGAACCAUAGCAAGAAUUCAUUGAAGGUCGAUCCAGUCCUUCUUGAGCUUGAAAACAAAAUGCGACUCGCCGAAAUAAGACUCGAAAACGCAACAGAGAAAUGCGCCAGCUUAAACCAAAUCCCGGGCCUACGAUCCGCGAUUGAAGAAUUUCUCCCCAUCUUGGAGAGGCGAAAGUCCAUGUAUAAAAUUGAAAGUUCUAUCCGCGAAGCAAGGAGAAUUCUUAGUUCAGGCCUCUUUCCGUCCAAUGGUCGUAAACAAUAUCUUUGGAACGAUACCAUCUGCAUAGAUAAAGGCGAUGCGAAUGAACAAAAUCAAUCACUUGCCAUGAUGGGACAGUGGUACAAUAAUGCAGACUUUUGUUUGGUACAUCUCGAUACAUCAAGCUCAACAGAAUGGGAUAGUACUUGGAAUAGUAUCAAAAUCGACAGUCCCGGUCAAUGGGCCUGUGAGGCAAAUUUCACCAAAUUUGAAGACGUGAAAUCACCAAAAUGGUCGACUAGAGGUUGGACUUUACAGGAAUUGGUCCUAAGUAAGAUGGCGUUUUAUGUAAACAAUCUUUGGGAGCCUUUACCUAGAGUUGUAGAAGGUUUGGGACCGUAUUACUAUCAUUGUUCUUAUAUUCAACAGCAUAUACGCGAACAAGAUACAGCCAAUGCGCCCAAAGAAGCAAAAUCUUUCUUUUCCAGUUUAGAAAACCUGAAAUCACUCAUGGAUACCUGUGAGAAGAUCCCUUACUUUGAUUCGACACAAGGCCUAGAGAAAUCAAGAAGAAUCAUUGGCAUUCUUGGCUUCCUCGGAGUUCAAUUUCCAGGAGAAAUGAACGACGAUAAUUCAGGCGCUUAUAUUCGGGAUACAAUAUCUCGAGCAGGGUCUGAAAUCGAAUCUCGAAUCAAUAUGGAAUCACCCACCACUGAGACCCUCCGGAAACUGUUCACAACACUUGGUUUCGAUUUGAAUCCUAAUACAAUCCGAGCUCAAGUAAGGACUUUGAUCAAACUUUUGAUUAGGAACUUAGUCGAUGAUUGUGCCCCUGCUAUUGAAGCAGAUCGAAUUAAAGUCUCUGAAUUCACCAAUGUACCUCCACCUGAGUGCUGUCGUGGACUUAGCAGACCAACCCUUCCAGCUCAAGAUACCUUGUCAUUAGCAUCAUAUCGAGAAUGUACAGUUCCUAUUGAUAGAGUUUACUCACUUAUGGGAGUUCUCGGCGUAAAGUUUUCAGCUUUCCAUGCAGAAGGUCCAACCAAAGCACUUUGUCGGCUACUUGACGAGGUUGUUAUUACUACCAAUGAUGUCUCAAUCUUCAAUUGGGCAGGGAAAGAUCUUGGAAGCCCUAUUAGAGGACGAUCUUUAUAUCCAUCAAGCUUGACCGCAUUUAGUCCAAAGAAAACGGAGAAUUAUUUCACUUCGAGGAAUGGUGAAUUAGCGGCCGCAUCCAAGGAAAAGAGAUAUAGAUUGCAAGAUACAGCAUCUAAGGUUACUUUACUAUUGCGUCAAACCAUUGACUUUAUCAAAAGAACAGCUCAUCAAGAUAUUCCAACAGGCUUACUCCAAACUAUUCUCAAAUUUAUUGAGGAUAUUAGCUUAAAGGAACUUAGGCCUCAAUUACUCAACCUUGGAAAACUAGUUGUAUACCUCGAGAAUACUCCGAGUUUCGAGAAGUACAAACCAAAAGUUGGCUAUAGAACUGAGAAAGAAAAGACUCAAAAAGCACUUGUCCAUGAAGAAGAGCAGCAAGCAACUCAGAAUAACGGAAACAUUGCUUCGAGGUUUGGGUUUAAAACACCUCAAAGACCUCAAAUGCCUCAAAUGCCACAGAUGCCACAGAUGCCACACAUUUCCGCGCCGAAGCUCAGUAUGGGACUUGGGGGAUUUGGAAGAAAGACAAAGGAACCACUGAACCCCAUGAAGGAAAGUGUGGAUGCUCCACCAGUCCUUCACGUCGAGCCAGAACUUUCCGAGGUCAAACCUUCAACGGAAGAAGAACCAAAAAGUUUGAUCGAUGAGGUGAAUCAUUGGUUAUCCCAAGAUCAAGAUAUCAACAACAUUCCGAAAGAAUUUCAACCACUUUUUGAUGAGAUUGAAGCUCCAAAAUUGAAUGGUCCUCCAAUGGGGAAACGUCAAAAGCCACAGAGAACUCGAGAACUUCUAGGUUCUAGUAUGAUAUGUCCAAAUCCAAUCAUGCUUACAACUUCUGGUAUUGAAGGUGUCUUUGAUAUUCAAAGGGUCAUAAUCGAGAUGCAAAAUCCUGAACAUCUCCGAUACCAAGUACAAAGCGCAGUGAACGAUAGUCAAAAGAUAAGCGGUCAUUGUACAAUCAGUACUGCACUUUCUAUGAUAAAAGUGAAUUUUACUUGUGAAGUAGGGGCCUUGAAGAAACAAUUAGAUGUUUGUGAUGUGGUUCAGAGAGCUCUGUCUGAUCAAGAGGAUAAGAGAACAUUUGGUUUAAUGAAUUCCAGACCAGCUCUUACCACAGGACAAGAAAGUGAUAGUUAUUACAAGAAGCUAACCUCAUUGUCCUCUGGUUUAAUGGGUAAAGUUCCUGAAGGUGUUGAUCCCACAGGAGAACAAAAUCAAAACGCCUCCACUCCAGAUCCCGCAUCUCGAGUUCAAUCUUUGGACGGUGAUACAGAACAACUUCGUGUGGUUCGUAUGUUGGAUUUUGUCCAAGAAAAUGACAUAAACCUCAUUGUGGGCGAAUGGGUUCUCGCUAGGUUUACAGGCGUUGAAGGGGCAAAAUGGUUCCUAUGUCAAUUGGAACUGGGGUCAACUCACAGUUACUAUGGACGACGAAUCGCUACAGAUAAAAUUGACUUUGAGAAUGUGGUACCUGAACCUGGACUCGUGAAGCACUGGGAAAGCUAUAUGAGAAAUAAGAAAAACGAACUUUGUCGUAUUGUAAAUGUUUUGGUUCAAGGACGGGUAGCUCGACAAUAUGCAGACUCAGUUACGAGCUCGGGGAUCAAAACUGAGAUUGAUGACGAUUCAGAUCAUGAGGGUUCUGAUAAUAAGGAAAAGCUCAAAGACUUCCUUUUUAAGAGAGGGACACUGAUUGGCGCCGAGCUUGUACAAACGUUGACCGAUAUCUGGGGUGAAAGAUUGGAUGCAAUGUUGAAUGAUACUAUUCUUCAACAGGUUCCAAAAGGACUUAGGGCUGCGAUCAUGAAUUUGAACGAGAAUGAGGAUUUAUUACCAGCUAUGUUUCUGAGUGGCAUUCAAGUACAUAUGUUCUAG